AUGACCGGGAUCGAAAAUUCUACCUCUACUGAAAUUCCACUGACUAAAGGUAAAGGUAAAGCCGUCGAAGAAGAUAUUGUUGUAGAAAAGCCUAAACCAGCUAACCAAGUAGCGGUCGAAUAUCAACUUAAGGCUAUCGAGUGGAUUGAACCUUCGGGAAAAGUUCGAAAACUAAAAGUUAUCACACAAAAUGAGAAUGGACCUUGCCCUUUAUUAGCACUUUGUAAUGUAUUGCUUUUGCGAGGAGAUAUUGAAAUAAAACCAUAUGAUCGUCCAACUGUUACUUACGAUUUUCUCGUAGAAUUAUUAGGAGAUUAUUUACUGAAAUCAAUUCCACAAGGAGAAGCUGAGAUUCAGAAAAGAUUACAAGUGACAAACGGGACAUUAUCCCCAAAACAAGAGGAAAAAGAAAGAGAAUCACAACCAAAAAAUAAUACAAAUGGGAUUGAAGAUAUAACAAAUAAAGUUCAAUGUAUUGCUUUAGAAGAUGGUGUGACGGAUAAAGGGAAUCACCAAACUAAUGGUGAUUUCGAUUUAACAAGGCCAUCUUUGCAAGAUUAUCAUCAUACACUCAACGCUGCUCUAUCUAUCAUUCCAUCAUUACAAACUGGGUUAGAUGUAAAUGUUCGAUUCAACUCAAUUCACGGCUUUGAACCUACUGCGGAAUUAUCUGUUUUUGAUGUUUUCCAUGUAGAUCUUGUUCAUGGAUGGGUAGUUGACCCACAGGAUGAGGAUACUUGGAAAGUAGUGGUUGGAAAAUGUAGUAGUUAUAAUAGAGCAGUAGAAUGUGUUGUCGGAGGUGAUUCUGUGAGCAAAGGUAUUGUGGUUGAAAGUUCUAAUAAAGCUUCAAACAACGGUUUUGAGGAUUCGCAAGGAACUCUAAAUGAUGAGGAUAGCGUUAGAGUGCGUGAUGCUCUGAUUACUUCUUCAUUUUUGGAAUCUACUGCGACACAACUCACAUAUCAUGGUUUGUUAACAUUGUCCGAAACUUUACCGCCAGGAAACCUUUGCGUUUUUUUCCGGAAUAAUCAUUUCUCAACGCUUUAUAAACAUCCAAAAACCUCUACAUUAUAUAUUUUAGUCACUGAUGCAGGAUUUGUUCAUGAAAGAUCUGUAGUAUGGGAAUCUCUUAUCGAUGUUGAUCAAAAUGCUUCAGAAUUUGUAAAUGGACAAUUUCAAAAAGGUGAAGCUACAGGUGGUGAUUAUGUAGACGUAAUAGAAGAACACAAUGAUUUAAUGGGAGGUGGCGACCAAGAGUAA